AUGCUACUGGCACAUGACCUAAACCCCUCUUCCAAACAAAAGUCCUUUGACCCUUCACACAAAAAAGCUUUGAAUGGCACUACAAAUCUCAACAACAAUCAUUUACAAACUCAAACUGCUCCCCAGAGCCCUGUCAACAAUACAGACAGUUCACUUUCCACAGUAACUGAUCACAUUGACAAUAACAAUAGACCAACCUGCAACACAACCUUUACAAUCAGUAGUGAUUUAUCAUCCGCAGACACAGCACAAGGACCUACGCCCUUUGGUGCCUUGCCACAAAGCACACCUGUUCUGGACAUGGCCUCACCCAAGACACAGAUUUCCUUCAAAUUUGAUGAAGAGCAGCGAGAUGCUGUAGCAUUGAAAGCUAUUGGACUUGGUAUCUCAGUCAGGAGCAUCAAAACCCAUGGUGACCCUGUUUCAUCAAUCACAGCCACUUUCUUCCUGUGGUGCUCCUAG